CCUACACCUAAGCACAGGUACCAGAGCAGCUCAGACAGAGACGCAGACAUGAAGACUCACAAGCUUUUGUUCAUAGCGCUGCUGGGCCUGCUGCUGUGGGCCUCCUGCACGCAGGCCGAGGACAGCACUGACAGCCAGACAGAGUCGCAAGAGGAGACGUCUGAGGAGGCAUCGGAGGAGACAACCGAGGAGGCGGAGGAGGAGGCAGAGGCACCAAAGAAAGAGAAAACAACUGAGAUAGAGGAGGAGAAUAACGUCAUGAUCCUUCACAUCAACAACUUUGAAAGAGCCCUCAGCGAGAAUCAGUAUUUACUGGUUGAAUUCUAUGCUCCUUGGUGCGGUCACUGUAAACAGCUGGAGCCAAUUUACGCCGAGGCUGCCGAGAAGCUGAAGGAGGAGGAGCCGGAGCUGCGCUUGGCCAAAGUGGACGCCACGGAAGAGAAAGAGCUGGCCGAAGAGUUCGACGUCGGAAGCUACCCCACUCUGAAACUCUUCAUCAAUGGAGACCGCAAAGAGCCUGUCGAAUACACCGGUAAGAGGACGACGACGGGGAUAAUCCAGUGGAUGAAGCGUCGCACUGGCGCCGGUGCUGAAGCCCUGGAGUCUGCAGAUUCUGCAGCUCAGUUCAUAGACGCCCAUAACAUCACUGUAGUGGGAUUCUUCGAGAGUUUGGAUAGUGAAGCUGCUCAGGUGUUUAAGGAAGUUGCUAUGGACACGCCUGACACAGAGUUUGGAGUCACAGCCACUCCAGAGGUUUUCCAGAAGUAUGAGGUGAAAGGCAGCUCCGUGGUGCUCUUCAAAAAGCCUUACUAUCGGUCAGAGGAUAUCCCAGAGGACUGGGACAAAGGACCAGUUAAAAUCCUGGUGGGAAAGAACUUUGACUCCGUUGCUCUGGACCCGACCAAAAAUGUGUUUGUGGAGUUUUAUGCUCCAUGGUGUGGACACUGCAAGGAGUUGGCUCCCAUCUGGGAUCAGCUUGGUGAGAAAUAUGCCGACCAUGAUGACAUCAUCAUAGCCAAAAUAGACGCCACAGCCAAUGAAGUGGAGUCUCUUGACAUUAAGAGUUUCCCAACACUCAAAUACUUCCCAGCUGGUGACAAAGAGGUGAUCGAAUACACUGGAGAAAGGGACCUGGAGACAUUUUCUAAAUUCCUGGAUGGUGGAGGAGUUUUACCUAAAGAGGAAAAGGAUGAGGAUGACGACGAUGACGACGAUGAUGAUGAUGAUGAUGAGGAUGAGGUGGAUGAGAAGAAGGAAGGCGACAAGGCUGCUGGCGAUAGCAAGGAGCCUGAUGAGUCCGCAGAGGAAAAGACCAAUAAAACAUCCAAAGAUGAGCUGUAAUGUCACUUUUUGGCCAAUCAGGAUCAACCUAGCAACUUUGAAUUUUCUUAAUAAAAGUGAUACAGGUUUAAAGUGUUGGCUUUGUUGUGAAAAAGCUUUAAACUUUUUGUCUCGAUGCUUGCUUCUUUAUAUGUCUGUUGAGUGCUUCACACGGCUGAAUUUGACAGGUUCAACACAGACGGUAAUAUUUAUAGAGACUCUCCAAAUGUGUCAUAAAAUUGAGCUUCAGCAGGAUUACGAGGACACAAUGGACCAGGAUCAAGGUUGGACGUAGCAGUGCAGUGAAAAGAAUUUCUUAGAGAUUUCUUGGAAACGAGUCACAUAAUGAUUUGUUCUGUGAGUUUCUUUGUGUACAAACUGUGAUCAGCUGACUUGUGCUGCUGCUCUGAUAUUCACUGCUCUUUAUCUUGAAUUCAACAAGACAUAACUGUAUGUGUUGUGAGCUAUGUGGCUUAUUUCUAACCCCCUUAAUAUGAUAAAUCUAGUGUAAAAAGUAGAAACCAGUGCAUCUAUCUAAUCAGCAUCACCUCAAAUAUAAAUUAAUGUCUG